CUAGAAAGGAAAGACCUGCGAAACCUGUUAAGUGGGUGAGAUGUAUAAAAUCUUAACAGAAAUGUAAAGUAUCAAACAUACCAAAAAUAGAAUGAAAGCAGAAAGGCAUAGGGAUAAUAUAUUGUAGAAUCAAAAACACUAAAAAUGUAAGCUGUGACAAUCUGGGACAGCUUUGUUUUGUUACAUUGUUUUCCACACUAAAAAACUGUCACACAGUAUUUAAAUUGUUAAAUAGCAUUUAUCUAGUGGCAUAGCAUGCCAUUUGUGUGUAAUCUUGUACAUUCUUCCCACUCUGUUCUAUUACACAAGACUAUUCUAUACUUAUUCCUUCAGAUCAAACAAACAAACAAACAACCAACCAACCAACCAACCAACCAACCAACCAACAACAACAACAACAACAACAACAACAAGUAAAUAAAGCUAUUGUCAUUGUUUCAAAAGCUUUAAUAGUAAGAAAUGUAGAGAAGGUUGCAGAGCCAGACCGCCAGAGGGCGUAAUUACCACGCCUGAUAAGUUUUAUUUUUUAAACGCUGACCGGAAGUGCGUUACAAUUGCGAGGAGCUUCGCAGUUAUUAUUUUUACCAUACGCUAGUUUCUGUGUCAUGACUUUAGCUCCAAGUUGCGUUUUCAAACUCCAAAAUGCGGCGUUACAUUCGUGCACUAAUGUUGUGCACGGUGUUUGCCAUGUUUUCGGGCUUGUAUGUUUACAGUAAACUGUUUUACUCGGACGUGUCGGGCGGUGGAAACGGACCUAGAAGGGUUUUCAUCCCACAGAGAGUCCCCGGAGGCAGGCGAGGUGCCGCGGACAAAACUGGGCCCCAAAGCCCACACUGGUACAAUAGGUACAUCAUGCGUCAGCGGGGUCAGGGGGAGGCAGGUGGCGGCAGCGUUCAGAGCAGACCCGAACCUCCCAUGCACCUGGCUGUGGUGGCCUGUGGCGAGAGGCUGGAGGAGACUCUCACCAUGAUCAAGUCUGCUGUGCUUUUCAGCAUCAAGAGCCUCCACCUGCACAUCUUUGCUGAAGAUCAGCUACAUGCCAGCUUCAUUAAAGCUUUGGAGUCGUGGCCUGGUUUUAUUCACUCCAGGUUCAACUACACAGUCUACUCCAUCAGCUUCCCCAGUGAGAACGCAGCCGAGUGGAAGAAACUCUUCAAACCCUGCGCUUCUCAGAGGCUCUUCCUACCUCUGAUCCUGAAGGAUGUUGACUCAGUCGUGUAUGUCGACUCAGACAUCCUCUUCCUGCAGCCUGUAGACCACCUGUGGGCGUUCCUGUCCCAGUUUAAUUCCUCCCAGUUGGCUGCUAUGGCCCCGGAGCACGAGGAGCCCCGUAUUGCCUGGUACAACCGCUUCGCCCGCCACCCCUUCUAUGGCAGGACGGGCAUCAACUCAGGGGUCAUGUUAAUGAACAUGACAAGGAUGAGAAACAUGUUCUUUAAGAAUGACAUGACGUCUGUGGGGCUGCGUUGGGAGGAGCUGCUGAUGCCUCUACUUCAGAAAUACAAACUCAACAUAACCUGGGGAGACCAGGACCUUCUCAAUAUCAUUUUCCACCACAACCCUGAGUGCUUGCUGGAGUUUCCGUGCCAGUGGAAUUAUCGUCCUGAUCAUUGUAUCUAUGGCAGUAACUGUGCGUCAGCUGAAGAAGAUGGCAUCUACAUACUGCAUGGAAACAGAGGGGUUUACCACGACAACAAACAACCUGCCUUCAGGGCUGUUUACGAGGCCAUACGAAAGGGACCGAACUGCAAGCAAAUGAGCCGCAUAAAAAAUGGUAAUUCCCCUUUGAUUUCCUCGGAGCAUUGUAAAGGCUCCUUCAUUAUUGGGAAGACAGAAAUUUCUACUGUAAUCCCUGGUUAUCGCUGGACGGUAAGCCUAUAGCAUAAAACUGACUCCAACCAUGUGGACUGCUUUAUGUUUUGCCCGGCUGACCAAUCAGAUUAGAUGUGGAUUCCCUUCUGAUCUCAGCAUGCCUUGCGGAUUUAGUUUUUAAUUUAUCCAGGGAAAGAUAUCCUCCAAGCCCAAAUGCUGCCCAAAGCACCACUUUGCUUACUUACUGAGGGAAUCUGAUCAAUUCCACUGGAACAGUAGGAGGCUAAGAGCUGUCCUCGGGGAGUUUUGAUAGUAGUUUGGGAUUUCAGCCUGCUCACUUUAAGUUUCAAAGCCCACUCCUCCUACCCUCCAGACAACCAUCAUCCCCGUGUUUCAGCUCUUUGAAGAAACAGGAGAGUACAAGUCAUCUUACGAGUCUGCCUUCAUAUUCAGUACAAUUCCUUGUUUUAAAAUGUCCUCGUUAUCGUGUGCUUUUUGUUUACUGAAUGUCUCAACAUGUAGGAUCAAUACAUUUAAAUUGAAGGGAUCUUAUUCUUUGGAUUAAGAGAAAAGUGCUUUGGAAUUUAUCUUUAGAUCAUCGAAGCAAACAAUACAAUACAUCACACCAAAUCCAACCAAUGAAUUGUUUUAU